AUGGUGUUCAAGAAGCUCUUCUUCUCUUUGAAGAAAUCGAGAUCUUCUGAUAGCUCUAACAGUCCUCGAUCAGUUGGUUCUAACUCUCCGGUCGAGUCCGAUAAGAAGAAAUCGAAAUCGGAUUCCAAAGAGGAAACUCGGAGCCCUAAUCGGAGCCUCAGUUUCCGACUCUGUCUAAAGACGAAGACGAAGGAUGAUUCAUCAAAGGGCAAAGACGCGUCAUCGUCUCAAGUUCAAUGUCCUAAUCCCGGAAAAUCGAACUUGUCAUCUUCCGGUGAUGAAACGCCUCUUCUGACGUCGGAGGUGAAGGAGGAACCGACUAUCCUUGCCUCAUUUCUGGGUUUGAAUCGAAACAAGACGAGAUCCACCCCGUUGCCACAGGAAGGUACUGGUUCGGACUUAGGCUCGGGUUUGGCGACCUCUGGUUCGGUUAGUGGCAUUGCGAAGAAGGAAGAAGGAAGUAGCAGCCCCGCAUUGCUGGGAACUGGUCAAUUCAAGGUAUCGCCAAGCUACUCUGGUCCUGUAGGAAGGUCAGAAUUUUGCACACCAAAGAAUUGGUAUGAAUUGGAAAAUCCAAGAAAGAGGUUUCAUGGUGACAUCAAGAGCUUUUCUCAUGAGUUGAACUCAAAAGGCGUACGAUCUUUUCCAUUAUGGAAGCCUCGCGGGUUACAUAACGUGGAGGAAAUCUUGAUUCUAAUACGGACCAAAUUUGAUAAAGAAAAGGAAGAAGUUAAUUCGGACCUUGCAACUUUUGCUUGGGACCUGGUGGGCUUUCUAAACAGUCAUCAUGAGUUACAGUUACAAAUUGAAGACUUGCUGCUUUUGGCACGGAAAUGUGUUGAGACUACUCCGGGAGAGUUUUGGUUUCAUUGUGAGCACAUUGUUCAAAAGUUAGAUGAUAGACGUCAAGAUCUUUCCCCUGGGCUGCUCAAGCAGCUUCACACUCGGAUGCUUUUUAUCCUUACCAGAUGUACUAGAUUACUUCAGUUAUAUAAUGAAAAUUGGGAGCAGGAGGUCGUACAAUUACGUCAGUCAAGAGUCUUGCAUUCUGCGGAUAAAAGAGUCUGCACUGGAGAAGUUAGGGACUGGAUGGUUUGGAAAAGAUUUUCAUCUCCAGCGUCGAAGGGUGUGAAAGAAUCUGCAGUAUCAAAAGAGCAGAAUGAUAGCAAAGUUGAGCCUCCAAAGGUAAUAAUUCCAUUUGAGGAAAUAUCAAUUCUGUGUCGUAUAUGCGAGGAGGAAGUUUGCACCACCUACGUGGAAGAUCACUCUAGAAUAUGUGCAUUGGCAGAUAAAUAUGACAAAAAAAGUGUGAGUGUUGAUGAGCGGCUGGUGGCACUUGCUGUAACUCUUGACAAGAUAAUAGAGUUCGUACAGAAUAAUAGCCUAGCAGCGGUAGAAAGCCCAGAUGGUAUGAAAAUAUCUAACGCGAGCUUGACCGAAGAAUCUGAUAUUCUCUCCCCAAAGGCAAAGCGAAGGGAUUGGUCGCGAAGGGUGUCUGAGGACAUGCUUGACUGUUUUCUGGAAGCUGAUAAUUCAGCUUUCAUGGAUGAUAUACGAUGUCGAACUUCAGUGUCAUGCAGAACUCGUUUUGGUCUCAAGUCUGAUCAAGGCAUGACUACUUCACCUGCCGGUCGCAUGACUCCUAGAUCCCCUAUUCCAACCCCUAAACCCGAUCUAAUUGAAUUGUUAUUAGGAGGCAGGGUUGCACUCCAUGACCAGGAUGAUAUUCCUCAGAUGAGUGAACUUGCUGUCAUUGCAAUAUGCGCAGCAAGUGUCAAUCCAGAUGGUGAUCAUUCCACUGAGCUCUUACUAUCUUGUCUCCAAGACUUAAAGGUUGUCAUAAAGAGCAGAAAGUUUGAUGCGCUAAUAGUAGAAACUUUUGGGAAACGCAUAGAAAAUUUUAUCAUUGUUCAGAUCUAUUAUGCUCUCCAGCUCUUGUCAGUUGAGGCAAGAAUAGCUUACGGUGGGAAUGUAUUCCACGAAUACUUUUCUUUAUUAUGUAGGAAAAAGUAUCUUCAGCUGUGCAAGAUUUUGGGUGAUCAAAAAGUUGACCUAUCAAGCACCGUAAUUGAUGAAGAUGCUCCUUUAGAGGAUGACGUUGUUCGUAGCUUGAGGAAAAGCCCAGUACAUCCGCGGGACCGCACAUCCAUAGAGGAUUUUGAGAUCAUAAAAGAAAUUAGUAGGGGAGCUUUUGGGCGAGUUUGUUUGGCUAAAAAAAGAAUGACAGGAGACAUAUUUGCAAUUAAGGUUCUGAAGAAGGCAGAUAUGAUCCGCAAGAAUGCUGUUAAAAGUAUACUUGCUGAACGAGAUAUUUUGAUCAACGUCCGCAAUCCCUUUGUGGUUCGAUUCUUCUAUUCUUUUACCUGUCCCAAAAAGCUGUAUCUUGUGAUGGAAUACUUAAAUGGAGGGGAUUUUUAUUCACUAUUAAGAAAACUUGGUAGCUUAGAUGAAAGUAUUGCCUGCGUAUAUAUUGCCGAAAUUGGUGUUGUGCAUCGUGAUUUGAAGCCUGACAAUUUGUUGAUUUCACAUGAUGGUCAUGUUAAGUUGACAGAUUUUGGGCUCUCAAAGGUCGGUCUCAUCAACAGCACCGAUGAUCUCUCUGGUCCAGUUUUGAGUGGAACGUCUCUGCUUGUUGAGGAGAAACCAAAAUUACCAGCAUCGGAGCAUCAACUUGAACAGCAAGAUAAGCAGUCUGCAGUGGGCACUCCUGACUACUUGGCACCUGAAAUUCUUUUGGGGACAGAACAUGGUGCAGCUGUGGAUUGGUGGUCUGUUGGCAUCAUUUUGUUUGAACUCAUUGUGGGGAUUCCACCCUUCAACGCUGAUCAUCCUCAGGAAAUAUUUGAAAAUAUUCUCAACCGUAAUAUACCAUGGCCUCGUGUUCCAGAGGAUAUGAGCCCUGAAGCCCGUGAUUUGAUAGAUCGGUUAUUAACGAAAGAUCCUAAGCAGAGACUUGGAGCUAGAGGGGCGGCUGAGGUCAAGCAACACAUCUUCUUUGAAGGCAUAAACUGGGAUACUCUAGGAGAACAGAAGGCUGCAUUUGUGCCAGAUUCAAAGAAUGCUCUUGACACAAGUUACUUCCAAAGUCGCUACUCGUCGAGUAUUUCGGAUGAGCAAUGUGUUCCAACCAAGGAAAAGGAAUAUUCUAGUGACCGUGGCAGCAGUGGUUGCUUCAGCAAUCAUCACAACGAGGGGGUUGAUGAACGUGACGAACUUGUAGAGUUUGAAAUGUCUGAAGAUCACCCUUUCAAUAAUUACUCGCUCAAGAUUCAAGUCUGGAUUGAGGCUAUAGAUUUGGUAGUUUAUGAACUUGCUCUCGACCCAAUUCAAAUCAAGAACUGCCUUAGGCAGGAGGAAAAUGGAUAUCGAAACAUUAAUUGGACGCAAAACGGAGAAGCAAACGCGGUUAUUGGUGUUUUGCGAGAGGUUGUGAAAUGCUGUAUGAAGGCAAUUAAGUGA